AUGGCUAAAAUAAUUUUUCCAAUUGUGAAAAUUUGUUUUAUAAUUUUGAGUUUUAUUGGGAUAGUUUCAUGCCAAUUGUCAACUGAUUUUUACUCAACAACAUGUCCUGGUGCUCUUGUAACCAUUAAGAAUGAAGUAGACUCUGCUGUGAGUACUGAGGCUCGCAUGGGUGCAUCAUUGCUUCGUCUUCAAUUUCAUGAUUGUUUUGUUCAGGGCUGUGAUGCAUCAGUACUAUUGGAUGAUACAUCAAGUUUCACAGGGGAAAAAACAGCAGGUCCAAAUGCUGGUUCCUUGAGAGGUUUUAAUGUAAUUGACACCAUAAAAUCUAAAGUCGAAGCUUUGUGUCCUGGUGUUGUCUCUUGCGCUGAUAUCAUCGCUAUAGCUGCAAGGGAUUCUGUUGUUGCGCUGGGUGGACCUAGUUGGAAUGUACAAUUGGGGAGAAGAGACUCAACCACAGCAAGUUUGAGUUCUGCUAACUCAGAUCUACCUGGUCCUGAUUCAGAUCUGAGUGAUCUUAUUAAUGCUUUUUCUAACAAAGGCUUCACUACCAAAGAAAUGGUUGCUCUAUCAGGAUCUCACACAAUUGGUCAAGGAAGCUGUAGAUUCUUCAGAAACAGGAUUUACAACGAGGAUAACAUAGACCCCGACUUUGCAACAUCAUUGCAAGCAAAUUGUCCUACUACAGGUGGUGACGACAAUUUAUCACCAAUAGAUACCACCACACCAAACACAUUUGAUAACUCUUAUUACAAGAAUUUGCAAGAUCAAAAGGGUCUCUUUCACUCGGAUCAAGUGCUUUUCAAUGGCGAUUCAACGGACUCAGAUGUUGAUCAAUAUAGUAGCGACGCUUCGAGUUUUGCAACUGAUUUUGGUAAUGCAAUGGUCAAAAUGGGGAGCCUUAAUCCACUUACUGGGACAAGUGGUCAGAUUAGGACUGAUUGCAAGUUUGUCAAUUCAUGA